AUGAUUAAUAACGAAACAUCCUCAAACUCAAUCACCGAUCCAAAAACGACGGAAACGCCAGUUGUUACUCGACACGUGCAAAGACCACGCAUGUCUGGCGAAUCAAUACAUCGUCACGUCCGAAUGUUAAUGGAAGGAGACCGAAUGGGAGCGGACGAACUGUUCACAGCAUUGAACAAAUUUUAUGACAAACAACGUUAUUCAUCGUCAGAGCGUAUUCGGUGUACACAAAUGUUUUUGAACGACGAAGGAAAAGAAUGGUAUGAACAAAACAAAUCCGAAAUCAAGGACGAUUGGUUAUCUUUCUGCGAUCGAUUACAGCAACAUUUACAAAGCGGCCGACCAAUUCGUACACGUCCCUCACCACCAAGUGAAAACGUAUCAGUGCACAAUGAAGAUAAGUGCACAUUGGAAGAUAUUAUCCAUGAAAAAUUUAACACCUAUUCGGGUAUGGGUGAUGCAAAAAGUUGGCUAUUACAAACUAUGAAUCAUUUCAAAUUAUACCACAUACGACGCGACGACCAACUUGAAGCCAUCCCUUUACUGUUAGUCGACGAAGCUUAUUUAUGGCUCGUGGAAAACAUCGAAACUAUUCCGAACGUUGAAGUAUUCAGCAAAUUAUUUCUCGGACAAUUUGCAUCGACAACAGCGUCAACGAUAAGUUCCAUCAAGGGUACUGUUGCACCAGCGACUGUUGUACCUGACCAUUCACCCUAA